GCAGGUGGGUGGCGGCGGGGAUCCCUGAAGGCUCGGGCUCUGUCGGCUUUUGCGGAGCGGGCUGUGUCAGCAGCUCACCCUCUCCCUACCCUAGAGCGGGUAAGGGCCCAUUCACUGGCCUCUCACCCUCCUACAUCUAAAGAGGAGGUCGAGCAACUGAGAGGCAUCAGGCAGUGUUUGUUCAUUGCUGCUGGAAGAAGAUAAUUGAACUGACCCAGGACACUGAAGUUGUUGAAUAUCCACGAGUCACAGAUAAGGGCAAUUAAGCUUUUUGCGACUCACACACAUUUGGUUAUGGUGUGAUUAGUGUUACUAGCAAACUGAAGCCUUCAAUGUUUGGAAUGUUUGGAAUACCUGCUGAGCCGUCUGCCCAUGAACUGUGGUUGGGUUUGUAUUAUUUGGACAAUUGUCCAGUUGAAAUAGAAUUGAAGGAGGCUUGAUAACAAUUUUACAAAACUCCUUCUAAAAUUAAACUGUUAACCCUAUGCUUCCCAUUGGGGCUUCGCGUUGAAAGUAUUACUGAUUCUUAUUUAUGAAACAAGUCCUGGAAAAAGCCAAGAUACCUGAAUGAAAUAUACACAAUGGAAAACUUCUCAGAUGCUACCCCUGUUAAUUUCAUUGUAGUAUAAAUGGAAUAGCAGGUGUUCUCAGGUAUAAGGUUUGUAGUUUGCCAAUAUAUUCAUUACCAAAGCUUUAGAGUCCCAUCAGGUUAGAGGGGGUUUUUGUUUUUGUUUUUUGUUUUUUUUCGGAAUAAGAAUUCUAUUUAAAAUUUUCGUAACAGGAAGUAGACCCUCAGUUUACUUAGAUUAGUGCUUCUUUUAUGAUUAAAAUCAUUUUGCCAUGUUUGAAGACACUUUUUUGGAAGAAGACACUUUUUUGGAAAAAGACACUUUUUUGGAAGAAGACAUCUGGGAGUACAAAUCCAAAAGAAAACCUAAAUCAGUACAUUCAAAUAAUUGCUCUGAGAAUAUUCCAAAAUCUGUUGAAAAAGCAACAGAUGGAAAGUACCAAUCAAAACGAAACAGAAAUAAAAAAAGAACUGUAGAAGCUAAAGACAAAGUGAGGACCCCGGAAAUGUGCCUUGGAGAAACAAACAGUCAGACUUCUGUAGCUUCUAGUCAGAAUUCUAGUUGCGAAGAUGGUAUUCAGCAGUGCCAAGACAGGGAGACCACACCAAGAAAGACUCACAAAAACAAACAUGUGUCUCCGAAGGUACGGCCAGUUUAUGAUGGAUACUGUCCAAACUGCCAGAUGCCUUUUUCAUCCUUGCUAGGUCAAACACCUCGAUGGCAUGUUUUUGAAUGUUUGGAUUCCCUACCAGUCUCUAAAACAGAGUGUCCUGAUGGUCUUCAGUGUUCCUCCACAAUCCCUUCUCAUUACAAGAAGUACACUCACCUCCUGCUAGCUCGGAGCAGGGCUGGUUAUAGUCCUUUGAGAGGCCCAGGUGAGAGUUACAGUGAGAGUCAUUCAGGUUUUCUCCGUAGCCUUGAGGAAGGAUGGUCUCUGUGUCAGAAUCAAACAGAAAACUUUAAAAAUGUUUCGACUGAUCCCUUGUUGGUGACGCAGUGUCUGAAAACAUCUCAGUCUCCAACUGAAACCAAUAAAAAGAGUUCCUCUUCAACAAAUAUCCACACUUCCCAGCAAGCCCCACAACUCACAGAACCUGUUAAAAAUGACAAAUGGGUAGGAGUUGGUUUGCCUCUUGCUGAAAAAUUAGACAGCCCAAACAGCCCAGAACACGGAAAGUCGCCACUGCCAGAAAAUGACUUGAGCGACUGUGAAAUCUCCUAUUCCCCACUUCAGAGUGAUGAAGAAACUUACGAUACGUAUGAAAGGCUGGAUGAUUCACAACAGGAAUUGUGUUUUACCGAAAGCUCUAAAGAUGGCAGCCUAGAAGAAGAUGACAGCAGCUCCACUUUGUUUAAAAAACGUCGAGAUUCUUUCCUAAAGGACCUGGAGGGCAGCUGCCCGGAAGUGGGUAGCUUCCUACCUCAGGAUAAAUACAACGAAGAAUUGUAUAAAUGCAGCCACACUCAGAACAACUCACCUCAACUUACUUUCCAAAAGAAGAGUAUUAUUUUACGUGAUGAUCCAGCAUAUACUGCUGAGGAUUUUAUGCUGUUUCCACCUGCCUUCACAGAGAGGUUUACUUCUCCUAGUUACCAAGCCACUAAAGCAAAGCAAAAGCCAGAAUUCCACUCAUCUCAGUCAAAUCAAGAGAAACGGGUACUUGAAGAAUCAGCUGUUUACAAUCAACUUCCUCUUCCAUUACUUAAGAGUAAAGUGUCAAACGCUUUUGAAAGCCAGGGAGGAGAGUGUCAUUCUUUCCACCCAACCCAAAGUAAAAUUAGAGGAUUAUCAAGUAAGAAUUCUCAUGCUAAGAACAAGACCAACUCAGCAUAUUCCUGCAGAAAGGCAUUAGAUGGUUUACUAGACAGUAAAGUUACAGCUUUAAGUACAGAGAUAUUUUCCGGUACACCUGCAGCUGCCAAGUCUUUGAAAAUAUUGCCACCUGGCCCUAGGUGUAAUGCAGCAGACCCUUCCACUAAGGCAAUGAAGCAAACAGAUAUAGGUGUGUACUUCGGACUACCACCCAAAAGAAAAGAAGAGAAAUUGCCGGAGGAAAGUGCAUUAGGAAGGAUGAACUUAAGUACACUUGUAAGUCCUAAUGAAAAGAGGUCUCGGCAGUAUAAGAGGAAAGCAGAAAAAUCUUUAAGCGAUUUAGAAUUAGAGGCAAAGAAUUUAAAUGAGGGCCAGCCCUCUGUGGAACUUUCUAGUAGGAGGUCCCAGCGUCAACGAAAGAGACUUAAGAAGUCAGAUUCACUGCAGGAAGGAGUACAUCAGAAGAGGUCAGGUCACCUUGACAAGACAGAGUCUGGAACAGUCAAUUUAAAUAAAGACAGAGUCUUGACAAAAUCAACUCAUAGCAGGCUGCAAAGAGGAAACACGAAAACCUCGGAAUCAUCUAAUGCAGGAAAAUUAAGAAAAAGGACAUGUCCAUUCUAUAAGAAAAUACCUGGAACUGGCUUUACUGUGGAUGCUUUUCAGUAUGGAGUGGUUGAAGGUUGCACAGCCUAUUUUCUCACACAUUUCCAUUCUGAUCAUUACGCGGGAUUGUCUAAAAACUUCACCUUUCCUGUUUAUUGUAGUGAGGUAACUGGCAAUUUGUUGAAGAGCAAACUUCACGUGCAAGAACAGUAUAUCCAUCCGUUGCCAAUAGACACUGAAUGUGUGGUGAAUGGAGUCAAGGUAGUUUUGCUAGAUGCCAAUCACUGUCCAGGUGCUGUCAUGGUCCUCUUUUACCUUCCUAAUGGUCACGUCAUAUUACACACCGGAGACUUCAGAGCAGAUCCCACCAUGGAACGUUCUCUUCUUGCUGGCCAGAAAGUCCACACGCUUUACCUAGAUACAACAUACUGCAGCCCAGAAUACUCCUUUCCGUCUCAGCAAGAGGUUAUCCAGUUUGCCAUCAACACCGCCUUUGAGGCUGUAACUCUAAACCCACGUACUCUUGUUGUCUGCGGCACUUACUCUAUUGGAAAAGAGAAAGUCUUCUUAGCCAUUGCUGAUGUUUUAGGUUCAAAAGUUGGCAUGUCCAAAGAAAAAUAUAACACAUUACGGUGCCUCAAUAUACCAGAAAUUAAUUCCUUCAUCACUACAGACAUGUGCAAUUCACUCGUUCACCUUCUCCCAAUGAUGCAAAUUAAUUUUAAGGGUUUACAGAAUCAUCUGAAGAAGUUUGGUGGGAAAUACAAUCAGAUUUUGGCUUUUCGACCUACAGGAUGGACGCAUUCUAAUAAGUUAACUAGCAUAGCAGAUGUUCUUCCCCAGACCAAAGGAAACAUUUCAAUAUAUGGGAUCCCUUAUAGUGAACACAGCAGCUACCCAGAGAUGAAACGUUUCGUUCAGUGGCUGAAGCCGCGGUUAAUCAUACCUACUGUGAACGUUGGCACUGUGAAAUCUAGGAGAAUGAUGGAGAAAUAUUUUAAAGAGUGGCAAUUGGAAGCUGGAUAUUGAUGUUACCUCAGUAGUUAAGUAACUCAGGUCUAACUUAGUAGUUAAAUCUUUAGUGAUAUGAAAUACCUGUAUGAAACUCAUACAGCUUAUUUUCUCAUUUAUGUUUGAAUAACAUGUUUAUGGUCCAGAGUGUCUGUCAGCAUCAUCAGUAAUUGAGACUGGUCUCCCUGGUACUCUUGGUUCUUGCCCUUCCCUAUGGAGGCAGCUGUAGUCUGCAUCCAGCCUUAGGAGGGGAAAUAAGGGCAGGUAUCAAAGGAUUCAUGAUAAUGAAUAAACUAGAUUGAAAGCA